GUAGAGUGUCGUACAUUGUUCGUUUGUUUGAGAUUGAGACUUUAUUAUUGCUGCUGCCGUGAAUGUUUUUAUAUUAUGUUAGAGAUUAAAAGACAGGUUGAACAAUAUGAGAAAAGAACUCCUUGCCUGCCCCUUGACAUAUUGCAAAAUCAUUCGAUCAAUUUUUUGUUAAAACAAAAAAAUGAUAUUUGGAAAAAUGAAGACGACAUGUCGAUUCCCGAUUUGCUCGGUUUGAACUCGCCGCGGGGCCUCUUGAACGUCGGAUCUUCGGAUGCCCUGUAUAACCUCUGCACACCGCCGGCAAGUCCGCAAAGUACGAUGGGUAAUAUAGAUGAAACCAGAAUGCAAUCGGAGCAGUUACAUCAUAACGGAACUACGUCGAUGAAAAAUUUGCAGCGAAAUUGGUCAUUGGGCAGCACGGGAUCAAGCAAUUGGGCAACUCCCACACAAACUCCCAGGGCAAUACGGAGUAUUUCUUUCAGUGACUCAUGUGAAAAUAAUCCUUCCAAUUCAUAUCCUUUGUUAAAUAGAAGUUCCUCCACAUAUGAUGCCUCACAUUCUUAUGGAGCGGUGGGAGUAAACAACAAUACUCCUGAUGUAUUAUCUAACUUAUUGAACUCAAUGACAUUAGCAGACAACCUCUCGAAAAACUUAAGUCCUACCGGCCUUUCCGAUGUGGAAUUGUCGAACCUGCAGAAUUUGCAAGCCUUGAAUACACUGAAGUACUUGCAGCAACCGACUGCUUUUUUGAACCCUUUAUCACCUCUUUCACCCCAAGCUGGAUUACAGCUUGAAAAAUGGAAUUUAAAUGGCGAAACUCUGUCCCCAACGUCAGAAUGUUAUCAGCUAGAAAAAGCUGCACGCUUUCAUAGAACAGCUGCAUCUGUUUAUGAUGCUGUCUGCACCUGGAGCGGUGUUCUCCCGGCUCAGACCGUCAAAUCAGCCGGUUUUUCGAGCAAAGUGUUCCUAGGAGGUGUCCCGUGGGAUAUCACCGAACAGUGCCUUGUACAGGCGUUUAGGCCAUUUGGACACGUAAAGGUUGAAUGGCCCGGAAAAGAAAGACACAUUUCGCAACCCAAAGGUUAUGCGUACAUUGUUAUGGAAUCAGAAAAGGCCGUCAAAGCCUUGUUGCUAGCUUGCACUCACGACUAUAUUAAUAGCGGCAAUUUUUAUUACAAAAUAGGAGCCAAGAGAAUGAAGACUAAAGAUGUCCAAGUCAUUCCAUGGUACCUGAGCGACUCUAACUACACCAAAUCCGCCUCGCAAAAAUUGGAUCCCACUAAAACAGUUUUUGUGGGAGCAUUACAUGGAAUGCUUACUGCCCACGGACUCGCCAAAAUUAUGAACGAUCUUUUCGACGGAGUAGUUUACGCAGGAAUCGAUACUGACAAAUACAAGUAUCCGAUCGGUUCGGGACGAGUAACCUUCAACAAUUCUCGAUCGUACAUGAAAGCUGUUCGAACUGGUUUUAUUAAUGUUAAAACGACCAAAUUUAUAAAGAAGGUGCAAGUGGACCCGUACCUAGAAGACUCCCUCUGCUCCUUCUGCAACGUCCAGCAAGGCCCGUACUUUUGCCGCAACGGGGCCUGCUUCAGAUACUUUUGCCGCCCGUGCUGGGUCUACUAUCACGACUCGGGACUGAUGCGGUCUCACACCCCCAUGAGUCGCAACUCCAAGAACAACCAACUCGGUUUGGAAUUUCCAUCGAACGCCGUCGCUACCAUUUAAAAGGUACAUUACGUUGAAACUCAACAGCGACGAAUACCAAAAACGGAAUUAUUUAUUCGGUGUCACAACACCCCUUAAAUGUAUGUUUGUUUUUUCCUUCAUAGUUUAUUUUUCUAAUAUCGGAUAAUAAAGUGAUUACUUUCGGACUAAGACGAAAGUAGUAAGUUAGUUUUGUGAAAAUAAAGUUACCGUUCCGUUAGGGAACGUUUUUUUUUUUUGAAACAAAGCCCCCAGGGCCAUUUGUUGUUUGUAUUUUUCGUUAUAUUUUUAUAGUUUUUAAGGUUACCAAUGUUACUAGUUAGGAAUUUGAGUCAAGAUUUAUACAGAUAAAUCUUAGCAAAGUCCGAUAAUUAUUUACUUAGUUCUAAGUAUUGAUUUGUGCGUUGGCUUCGUUUAAACUUGUUUUUGAAACGAUAAAUGCCUUUUCUUACUAAAUUUAAAUAAAAUUAAUACAAGGAAAAUAAUUAACCACUUAUUAUCAUUAAGAAAACAGCAUAAUUGAACAUGGCUACACUGUAGCAAGUUUGCCUUAGCAGUCUAAUUUCUUUAUGUACAUUAAAUGGUUACAAGAAAGAGGGAGAUUUAGUUAGCACCAAUCUUUAAGUAUAAUACUAUCGAUUUGCAUCUAAAGUGAGGGGUAGUAUAGGAUAAGUAUUUCAAUAAAUUGAGUUAAAAAUUCUUUACUCGAUUACUUUGUAUAAUUCAAUUAAGAAAUAACGCGACGCCAAGUGAGAGCUAAUUUUAAGUGUCAUAACCCUCUUCGCCAAGAUGCUAAGUUAUGUUUUUCCAACUAAAAUACUUUGUGGCAUUUUUAAAAUUUAUAACUUAUAUGUAUAUUUACUUAUUUCUCUGAUUGGCACAUUUAAUUUUGACAUACCAAGCUGUAAAUAAUUGAGUUCCAGAUUCGAGAGGCGUGGAAAUUCUCUUUUAAAGCUGUGUACCGGCCCUGCGUCACGGCAACUCUAACACCUUAAGAGAGAACAAUCAUGAACUAGAAAUCAUUAUUAGCGUGUUAAUUUUUGUUAAAAAUAAAUUGAGUCAUAGAAUUGACUAAUAUACUGGGUGUCCAUGAUGAGAAGAAUUAUUUAAUAGAGUUUCGUUCAUUUUCUGGGUAAACAAUUAUCUUACUAUCUAAAAAAAAUAUUACAGAGGUCUUGUUUUCUUGUAAAUUUCAUUUGCCAGUUUUUAAGAGUGUCCAGAGCAAAAUCCAGAAAUUACUCGGCUCAAAAACUGGAUAAAUCCUUACUCAAGAACACAUAGAAUGGUAUAAACUUUUUUAAAAAUAUCUUGUUGUACUUUUCCAGCCUGUUCAAUUUAUCGAAAAAGUAUUCCAUUCUUUCAGUGGAGUUGUAAGAUUAGGGAAAUUAAACACAUUUAUUCUCCCUCCGCUCAGAAUACCUUAAUUACAAAAAUAACAUACAUUUCGAACAUAAAAAUGUUUAUCUUUUAUCUUCAGGUGUUCAGAUUUUAGACGUUUUUGCUAUUAAGGUUCAAACCAAAACCUUUGGGUCAAUUACGACUUCUCUCUCAUUCUGAAAUCCUCAGGAUGAACAUUUUUUUUUCCAAACGUAUGGGACAUUACAACGAAUUUUGUAAUUUUACUUGCGUGCGUUUGAGUCACCUUAUAGAAAAAACCUAUUUACCAUUUUCCCACACACCACCACUGAUUUUUGGUGCGUUUUUUAAAAUUACUCAUAAAUAAUCAUCAAAGCAUUAUAAAAAUGUGCAAUUACACUCUCGAAGGGGGACAAUUUAUAGACAAAACAUGCAUUAAAGUUAUUAUUUUAAUUCUUUUGGAUUAAUUUUAAUAAUAGUCAAACCAAUGUGGCGUUUUGUGGGUAAAUUUGUCAAGCAUUAAAGGAAAUUAUUGGUUUCUUGCUAACGUUUCGAGUUAUAUUUAAUCCAUCUUCAGGCAUCAAAAUCUUUCUUUUUUCUCGCGUUAAAAUGCGAAAAAUACAUAUCACAAGUAUAAAACACGCAUGUAUCCAAGUAUUAGUCCAGUUAGAAUAUAAUGAAAGAAACUAUAUGAAGUAAACAAACCUGUAGACUAGUAGAAAAGCUCAGUACUGACUCAAGUUUUUUAUAUACCUGUGAUAUGUAUUAAUCCAAGUAUAUUAGUUAGUUUAGUUAUAUUAGUAACUCAAAGUAUUUCGCUCAUCCUCCACUAUAUUUAUUUAAAAUACUAUUAAUCCAACAUGUUUCGGACAUAUAAGAUGUCCAUCAUCACGGAUAACAAAUUAAGAGGUUCUGUGAAUUCAUCUUAUAAGUUCUAGAGCCUCAGACAAGGUUAAAAUACAUAAGAAAGGGACAAAACUUUAAAAAGACUUACAAAACUUAAAACUAUAUAAUUAACAAUAGGUCAAUAAUUGAAUACCUGCCCCGAACAAAGUUGUAAACAUCAAAAAGAACAUUUUACAGGAAAAGUUUUUUUUGUAUACUAAUAGUAAUUAUCGAAAUAUAAAGACCUACAUCAUUUAUUAAAUCAUAUUGACGUAUAUUAAUCCACUAUUUGGGCAAAAAUAAUUAAUUUGAUUCAUAACAGUGGUGAAAUAAAGAGAAUAAUAGCCGUUCAUCAGAACAAGGUUGUAAUAUCAUAGAACAAGGUUGUAACAGGGUGGUUACAACUUUGUUCAAGUGUAAAUGCAUGUGUGUAGAUGGAUGUGCGUGGGUGUGUGGAUAUGUGGUGUUAGCAUGUAUGUGUGUGAGUCUCUAAAGAUGAUGAGAAGUAAGUAAACAUAACAUUUUUUAGAUUUUUUAUAUUAAAUUUAAUGAACUCAUUACAUUUAAGGAUAAAAUAAGCCAUUACAUUUUAAUCGUCACUUAGCAAAUUAUUGUAAAAUUCCCUGUAUUCCAAUGGAAUAAAUUUGCACAUGUCUAACAAAUUUUCCUUUUUCUCUUUUUUGAUAGGAAGAACAGUGUUGUAUAAGUUUGGGAGUGUCUCGAGCUCUACUCUCACUGGAGGAAGGCAUCUAUUUCGAAAACCCCUCAUUUUUUUUGACAUAGAAUAAGUUGCUCAUAUUUGCAAGAUAUUGUGAGACACUCUUGCACGUAUGGUUGUGGGGUCAUCUUUUGUAAUUUGGAGCCAAACGACCUCGGUUAUUUUAAAUGCUGAAUCCUUUUUCUGUGACGAUUCAAUCAGAGAAAGAUUCUUGAAGUCAUUAUUUUCCAUACUGCACACAAGAAAAGGCUUCGAAGUUCGUGCAUUUGCUAUAACUUCUAUCCACUGCCGAGGAUGAUAAACAGAAGCCGUUUUUUUCUUUCUUUUUAUCAAUGCAAAGUCACGGUCGCAAGGGAAAAAGCUGUGACCACUUGUUAAAAAUGUUUGUUGAACAGAUGAGAAGUACUUCAUAGUAACAAGAUACUGAUAAAGAGAUAUCAUUCUCCAGUUAUUAUUUUGCUCAACGCAUCUGUCCGACCAAACAAUAAGUUUUCUGUCUGUCGCAAUAUUUUCCAUAGGUUUAAAAUGUGUCGAAACAUAUUUAAGUAAACACGAUGCUAUUUCAGCGGACCCUCUUUUAGCUACGCUUUCAUGCCAAAAACACAUGAAAACAUCAUUUGUGCCCCUAUCGUGAACGGCUUGAUUAUAGCAGGAGUAGUGUCUUUGAUAAAAGACGGAAGAGUGCUUCAAAGUCGGACAGAAAAGAACCUGCUGCAGAUCAGUACAUAAGACUAUUAUAUUUUUAUUUUCUUUUGCUAGUUUAAUGUCAUUACUCAGUGCAGAAUAUGCCUUUUCUGCUCGCCUGUGGUGGAUUUCACUUUCACAAGAGAUAUUAUUUUUUUCUUCUUCCGAUCGUGCUUUAAUAAGUUUAACAUAGAAUUUAUCACAAUAAUGGCAAGUAUCAGACCUUGGUGUACCGAAUCUUAAAUUGAAAUCAGACCUGAAUAUAUCCCUGUAUAGCUUCUCGCUGCAUUUAACUUCUGGAUGUUUGCCAUCUGCUUUAACGUUACAAAAUAAACAUCUGCUUUAACGUUAAAUCGGGACUAAGGCACAAUUUUUCGGUCCGACCUCUUGCAUAGUGACUUUCUUGUUUAGGAAAACUCUCGAUAUGUCCUUUAAUUAAAUCCUUAAUAGUGUCUGGUAUAGCUGUAGGCCUGUUUGAAUGUCUUUCUCUUUUAUCUUCUAGUGGCUCGUUAAAUUUUAAUUUUAAGUUAAAUUUUAGCUUUUGUAGGCGCCUUGGUGUAAUUUUUAAAACGUAACAUAAUGUUUUUUGACAUACCUGUACCUUUGGUAUUUCUUGAUUUUCAACGGGUAGAUAAUAUUUUACGCUACAUUGUCUUCUGGAAAUAUCUUCAUCCACAUACCUUCGUUUAAUAUUAACAAUAUCCAUACACUGUUGCGCAAGCAUUCUUGUCUGAUUGUCAUAGUUUAAAUUAUAAAAAUCUUUAAAUGCCUUUUGUUUAUUCGCCAAAGUAAUAUUUUGGCAUUCAUAUUUACAGCGACAAACGCGUACCUGAAAAAAAAACAAUCAUUUUAUAACCGCUCAUUAAAAACACUCAGAAACAUGGGUGAUGGUUACAACGUUUUUUUACUCACAUCAUCAACAGCGAUUUUUCCAGGAAUGGCAACAUUUCUUUUACUUAUAUAUGGCCGUCCACUGUCCCUCAAGCUUUUUCUUUUAAUAUCUUUCCAUUCGGUAAUGUUUAUUUUACGCUUUCGGCCUUUAUUCAGCUGCUUUUAUGCAGCAGAGUUAAAACGCACAGCACUUGACUCCAUUUUGCAACAAACUAAACAAACACACAGAGCAAACCUAUUAUUGUUACAACCUUGUUCAGGCCGAUGCAAUGUUCGCAAACUAAAAUGACCCAUAAUAAUAUACAUGUUAAAGUCGAUUGCAGUAAAAACGGCUAUAUUAUGUCGGUUACAACGUUAUUCCAUGUUUACCAUCGUUUCUAAAAUAUUAUUGGUUACAACCUUGUUCGGGGCAGGUAUUCAAUUGACCUAUUGAUUAUUGACCUAUUGUUAAUUAUGUAGUUUUAGGUUUUUGCAAAACCCAAGUUUUGUCCCUUUCUCAUGUAUUUAAAUGUAUUUUAACCUUGUCUGAGGCACUAGAACUUAAGAUAAAUUAUAAGAUAAAUUGACAGAACCCCUUAAUUUGUUAUCCCUGAUGGUGGACAUGCUAUAUGUCUGAAACAUGUAGGAUUAAUAGCUUUUUAAAUAAAUUUAGUGGAGGAUGACCGAAAUACUUUUAGUUAACCAUUGAUCUACUAUUAACUCUUCUUUAUAAUUCGAAAUCUUUGCAACAAAUAGUUUCCUUUAGCACUUAUAACCCACUAUUUACCCAUAAAUCGUCACGUCUGAUAUGAUUAUAAUUUACAAUGUUUUAGAACAUUCUAGGCAAAAAAUAAAAAUCAUAAUCUAAUAAGGCAACAAAUAAACGUUGUAAUGGAACAAUUUUUAUAUUAGAACAUUGUAGCAGAAUUAACAAUAAAUUGCUACAGUUGGUAGACAACAAUUCGAUACGACAAAAUUAAUUGUGCGCCAAAAAACGAACAUAAUGAGAAAAGAGAUAAAAAUUAAUAAAGGAAUAUUUUAGUUUGGCACUAAUCAUAAGUAUUUAUAUGACUAUUCAGUUGGUUAUCAAAUAAUUCCUUUGCCUCAUCGGUGAUUAUUAGUGAAAUAAGUGAAAAUAAAUUCUAUCAAAAAAAUAAGUUCCGAAUGAAGCUAACGCAAAACAAAACCUUAGCAUUAACAAAAAACUAAAUAAUCAAAUUAUUUCUUAAAAAAAGAAAAUCUUGACAGAACGCGAAAAGUACUGUCAAAUAAGGUCGAAACAAUAUUCCUCAUUUCGAGUCUUUUCCCAAACUCACAUUUUGUACGAUAUGAAGUGUAUAUUUUUGACAGAUGGUUGGCUAAAUAUUUAACCUGGUAGUUCUGUAAUGGCACAAAAACUAAACUGUUUAAACUACAUGGUGUCCCAUAAGAAAAUUCAUUUUUAAUUAAAAAAAAUUGUCCAAAUAAUGUUCGUAGAAAUUAAAUCAAUUCUGUGCUUAAGUUCACGCAUAGUGUCAAGAUUAUUACAGUAAAAUAUAUCAUUUUGUAAAAAAUCGGGUGGAGUAAGCUCACGACUUCGGGGAGGCCAUCAGAUAGCGCCUCCGCGAAAAAUCACUUUUGCAGGAAACACUUCCAUUACAAAUCAUUUAUUUACAAUUUAAAGUCUUUACAAAUGUCAUACAGUAACAUUCGAAAUAUGACGUAGUUUUUAAUAUUUAUAACAAAUUGUAAACUAACCUAAAGGAACUCAUGUACAAAUCCAUUGCCCAAUCUAAUACAAGUGUUGAUUCUAACUAAACUAAUAGAAAAACAAUAAAAGUCUAUGAACGUUCUAGGUAUGUCACGUCAUCUACACAAACCGAUGAAAAGAAUUUAAUCAGUCAUUGCUGUGUUUGAAGUAAAUUGGCACAGCAGGCGGGAUGAGACGUCUAUACCAGAGAAAAUUAAGUAAAGGAAAAAGUAAUCCUAGAAAAAUUUCUAUAACCAAAUUUGAGUGCUGGUAUCUGACAAUUGCUUUAUAAGCGGAAUUCCAACUAUCGCCCAUGAAUAUUGAGCUAUAUUUUCAGCUUUAGUGAAAAUAAGGUUUUUAUAAUUCACAUAAAUAGGUGAAGAACUCUGUGAAUUUGAGUUAAAGUAGUACUAGCCAUCUUCACUAUACUCAUGACAUCGUGUGUAUUAAAACAUAAAGACAUUCCAAACCUUUAUGCUUCUAUGAUUGCUACUUCACCUCACCCGAUAUUCUAGUAAUUCCUAGAACAGCCAAGAAUAAUUUCUUUGAGUCAGAUGUAUAAAACUGAGAGCCAGGAAUUGUUAAAUGUCACCAUUAGAAGAACUCGAGCACAAAUCCAAGGUAUGGGGGGCCAGCUAAUGUAACCGCUAGAAUUAAAUCUAGGUUACUCGGAGACUUUAUUAAUGAUUUUCAGAUAGAGGUAACGUUAAUUUAUUUAUUAUAGAUUUGAUCGUUAAAUCGGGUUCUUGCCACCAAGUUAUUCGUACCCGCAAGUGUUCAGUUACCUGCCUAUUUAAUCCCCAGGGAAUAAUAUAAUCAGGGUAAAAGCCAUUAAAAGCUUUAUUUUAAAAUUAAAAAAAAAUAUUUUAUUUAAGGAAGUUACAAAAUUGGAAAAAAUAGAGAUAAACAACAACGGAGUAUAAGAGUAGUAAAUAAAAAUGUCAAAGUUACGGAAAGAUACAAAACAAAAUACUAAAUUGAGAUUAGUAUUUAGUUGGGCUUUAUAAGUAUUUACUAGAUUUAUAGGUGUAUAAAGGGCGGGGAUUAAUGUAACGGUUCCCAGGGUAAAUCAUCGUUCCUACUAGAGUGAUUUAAAUGUAAAGAAAAAAAAAUAUCAAGAUCGGAACAGAGAAAAUAUAGAGAGAAUAGAAAAAAAAAUAAAUAAAAUAAAAAGAAAAAAAAUGGUACAAUAGCGACAAUAGCCAGAAAAAUCUCAAAAAAACAAUAAGGUCUACAUGUUUACCUUGUAGUCUGGUUUUGGUAAUUCGCGGGCACAAACUAACUCUUCCGCACUAGUGAUCAAGACUGACUCCCCCCUAGGGUGUUUAAUUAUUCAAUUUAUAUCCUCUACACUGAUGUGGUGGCUUGGUUUAUCCAAAAAAAAAAUAAUGAUUCAAUAAUUAAAAGAAAUUGCGUACGUGCCGUGGGUGGUCAUUGGCAAAAUUUAGAUGUGAUUGACGAAAGAUUUAGGUGAAGACUUUCUUUGGCGGCCACUAGAGUAAUUAAAAGACAGAGAGCUUUUAACGGGAAGCGCGUGAGGCUAAUUAACCCGUAACCUUUCGUUAUUUUCGGCGAAUUUGAUUUGACACUCGUUUAACGCAUUCGGAUAUAACAAUAAUUAUUGUUUUCUACGAAAUACUUUUUAAACAAAAAUAUGUUUUUUUUUCUUAUCUGGUAAAUUAUAUGAAAAUUCAAAAAAAAAAAUAAAUUUUUUCUGUUCUUUGAAAGGAAUGAGAAAAUUAGAACCGCUUUGUUACACUAAAACUACCCGUCUUAGCUGCUUUAUUCACUUAAAAUACUCGGAUACAAGGCAAAUGAUAAACGACGAAUUCCUCGAACUCUGAACGUAAUUUAUUCAUACUUGAGUUACAAAUGAUAGAGAAAACAAAUAAACACAUAAAAUACACAGUUAUUGGGAGUAUUUAACAAACAUCAAACACAGCAUAAAGAAACCAGCAGUCGCACUUCAAUAAAAAUACAUUGGCUUGAAUAAGCGAGUUCGGUGCAUGUGUACUAACGCAGGCGAGGCAUUUUUGCUUAUAGUAGGGAUGCCGCUGACACUCGCUACGGUCCACGCGGCUUUUGCCUUGGCUAGAGCCGGACUUAAACAUUUUUUUAGAUGUUAUUAUCUUGUAAAAUAAAAAUACCUACAUAGUACAAAUAUUGAUUUUUUAAUAUAAAUAAAGUUCAUACAUUAACAAAAUAUUUAAACAAAAAUAAACAUCGCAUUUCUACAUCUAACAACGACGAUAUAGAAGAAUACGUGCAGGAAGUUAAUUAGGUAUGUACCAUAAAUUUAAGAGACCAUUCUUUGAGUAAUUUUAAAACAAAAAGUUCAUAUAAACAUAUGUCCAGAAAUUCUUCGUUCUCAAUAUACAGGGUGUUAAAAUUUAACAACAACUAAAAUAUAUGCCACUGACUUUUGUGCAAUUUUUAUUAUGUUCUGUGGAUUAUACAAAUAAAACUUUUCUGUCUCUUGAAUUUUUUUCGUAUCUUGCUUAGUUAAUAAUAAAUUCCAAAUGAAACUUUUCCCCAAAUUCCUUGUGUGAUCCAGGGAUAUGCAAUUAAGUGGACUUUUUUUUUUCUCGAAAAAUAAGCGAGAUACGAAAAAGUUGUAUUUGUAUUUGAGUAAAUCAAAUAAGAUAUGAAAAAUGGCACAAAAUUCAGGUGCCCCAAUUUUUUUGCCACAAAUAUUUCUUUAGGUCCCGUUCGAGAUUACACUGAACCUAAUAAAUUUAAUCAUGUUAGGGGUAAAUUAGCUCCUUAAUGUUAUAAAUAACACCGCCAGAGAACUUGCGGACCUAUGUUCAUAUGAACUUUUUGUCUUAAAAUUACUCAAACAAUCGCCUGUUAAAUAAUUUAUGGUACAUACUUAAUUAACAUCCUGUAUAGUAACGCUUUUAGAUUAACAUCUGACUACAUAGUAGUUUAAGGAUAACUAAUUAUACAAAUAAAGUAAUAUUUCAAAACAAAUAGAAACUCUUAGGCCAAUAAAUAAAGACAAAUAGUUGGCAACAAUUCAAAACAAUUCUAACAUCUGCGAAUUUUUGUUAUAUUAUUAAGUACCAACUAAAGUAUAUAAUUUUGCAACUCUUUUAAAUAUGGCAACACUGUUAAAAUGGCAGAAAUAUAAAUAAUGUCCUUAAAAAUCCAAAAAAAAAAUAUUACAUUGCUGCAACUUUAAUUGAUGCUUAAUUAUGUUAUUUAAGCCAUACAGCCAAAUUUGCAGCUAUUAAAAACUUUGGCAAAGUCAAUUAUUUUGCUUCAUUAAUAAUUUUUGACAUACCCCUCUUUUAAUACAAAAGUUUUUAUAAAAAACGCUACGCUUUGUAAAAAUGCUAUUAAAAUAGUCACUAAGUACGGCGCUGAACUAGGCGAUACACCUAUGAACACAGUUCGAUAAACAGUGAGCUCGGCAUCCGGAGAACAUGGCUGCGGCAUGGCUAAGGAUGCUAUUAGUUCGCUUACAUUUUCGAGCCGAGUGAGACUGCUGGUUUCUUUAUGCUGUGCAUCAAACUUAAAAUUUUUAUGAGUAACCGCAUGAUUACAGAGGGCCAAAACACGGCGGCCGCGCGACGCUACUUAAUCGUUUAUUAAAUCGAUGACAAUAGACGACCAGUGUUGCCAGGUCCAAAAUUUUUAUUCCUCUAAAAAAAAUUCCCUAGAUUUUCCCUAGAUAUAAAAUUGGCUAUAUAUUGACAAAUUAAAACAAUUGUUUUUUACUAAUCCUUUAAUUAGGUAUAUACUUAUUUUAAAAUACAGAUGUAAGAAUAAAAACUGCUAAUACAUAUAAUACAGCUUAAAAACUAAUAAACUAAUACUUAAAUAUGUUUUUCAAUUAAAAAUAAAAUGUCUUCUCAGCAAAAAAAAUAUAUACUUUAAAAAAAUUAAUUAAUUAAUAUUUAAUUAUACAAAAAUAAUGUUUAAUUUUUUAUUUCUUUAAUCGUUAUAAAUUUGGUCAUUUAGCAUUGCGACCAUUUCUUUCGGAAUUACAAAUUCAAAACAGAAGUAUUUUUUGUUAAAUUUUUAGAAUGAUCUUUAAUGUUUUUGUUGAUAGGCGGUUACGUAUUUUUGAUUAAUUUAAAUUAAUUUCGGAAAAAAUCCGUUCUACUGUAGCACUACAAUGCGGCAAACAAAGUAGACUGAACACAAAAUUGCAUAAAUUGGGAAAUAUGGGAUUAUUAUCUCCGUCUUUAAAUUUGCUAACUGCUAUCCAAAAAUCUACCAAACUUUCAUUCUCAAGUGUAUGCAAUUCUACAUUUUGUAGCUCACGCCACUCUCGAUCUAAGUCAUUUAUUGUGUCUUGUUUGACUAAAUUAGGAAACAGCAUUCCCAAUGGAGCAUUGUAUUUUUUAUCAACCACUGAUUUAGGAUCAAGCAAAUUUAAUUGUUUUAUUAUUUUUGAGGCUGAUCUUUAAAAUUAAAUCUUUUUUAAAUUUGCUCACGUCCUUCAAUAAGAAAAGCCAAACAGUGUUUCCUAAAAUUCAAUAACUCACCAGCCUCCAUUUUAUGUAAAUUAUUUUGGAUUUUAGCAGUGACUAUCCCCCCAUGGUAUAAAUCUUCUAUUUUCAUAAAAUUACGGGGAUUUUCACAAUUUAUGUUUUCGAUAUCUGUUGAAUUAAUAUAUUCACUUUUUAAAUAACAACCUAAUAUUGUCUUUAAAAUGGUACAAACUCUUUGCUAUAGAAAAGGUAUUUUAAUAUUUUCCGAUUGCAUCUCUAAAUUUAAGCUAUUGAAAAGUGGUAAGUUAAAAUCUAAAAAUUCUAAAUACAUUAAAAAAGAAGGGUUUCGUAAGUUAUUUAAAAUUUGUUCAGCAUUUUGUAUUUUGUCAAGUAAAUUUGCAUUAGUAAAAUAUAACACCAACGCAUUAUAUUGCUCUAUAAGUCUUUUUACCACAGCAAGAAGAGAUAGCCAUCUGGUUUGGCUGGGGUGUAAGAUUUUAUGGGGUUUAAUUUCCAAAUAUUUCUGGAAAGUCGUUAAAUAGCCUGUCUUUUAAAACUAUUUUUUAAAAAUGAAUAUAUAUCUCUAGCGGUAUUCUCAAUAAAGGAGGGCAGUUUCUCACAUGCAUAAUUUGCACACAAUGCAAAUGAGUGACAAAUACACCUCAUUAUAAAUAGGUUUGGGAUGUCAACUUUAAAUAAUAUAGAUAGAGAAUGGCGCGAACCCAUCAUAACACUUGUUCCAUCUGCCGCAAAACCAAUCAUAUUGUCUUUAUAUGGAAUAUUAUUUUCUAUAAAGAAACUCGAUACAGCGGCAUAUAGGGCAUCAGCAGUUGCUAGCGGCACUUGCAGUAAGCCCAAAAAGAGAUUAACCAUACUUUUUUUCUUUAUCAAACAGCCUUACUACCAUAGCCAGGUGUUUAAUAUCCUCCUGAUCCGUAGAUUCGUCCAAUAUAAGCGAAAAUUUAGUUUUUCUUAAAAUAUCUAAUAACUUCUCAAAACAGUAUUUUCCUUAGUUCUGCUUUAGUUCUUCCGCAUGUAACUUUUUUUUACAAUAUCGGAGUCCGGAUAUAUUUCGCGAUUUAGCUUUGCUAGUUGAUCUAAUGCAUUAAAAGAAAAAUUAUGCUCCACUGCAUAAGAUGCUAACCUAAUUUCAGCCUCCUUAACCUUUUGAUUUAAUGACAGUUUUUGCUGUAAUGUAGGCAUGUUAGACAAAGUUUGCUGCCUGGUUAACCCCUUCGAAUUUUCCUUAUGUUUUUUUCCCUUGAAGUGUUUUUCUAUUUCUGACUUACCACAUACAAAGUCUUUGUUGCACGCCUUACAAUAGCCAAAAGUAGAUUCUUUCUUACUUUUUGUGAGCCACUUCCUAAACCGCUCAUCCUGUUCCCACUUAUCUUGGUAAUGUUGUAUAUAGCCUAGGUUUUUUUUCUCUUUUUUACUACCCUUGGCUUCUGCGACGCUGAAUCCGAAUCACUAGAGCUAGACGAAAUCUGGCGAUAUGUUGAAGCCAUUAUAAUUUGCUGUUUUAGCUUUAGAAUAAAAUAAAAUUUACAUUAAUUUUAGCAACAAACAACUUUUGGUUUACAUAUACCUGCAAGUCCUGCAACUCUGACACUUAUCAAUAUAAUAAUAAGACAAAUGUAAAAUAUUACUCGUAAAAAACGACGCACCACUUUAAAAAAUAAUUACUUAUACAACUCACAACGCCUUAAUGCUUGAUGGUUUGUUCUAAUAAAAAACCCGACGAAAUCACGAAAAUAAUACUCCGAACCCUCUGUGAACUGUCACCACUUACCGGGACGGCUCUUUUUAAAGGCGCACACGGCACAUACACUGCAAUUUUAAUGUCCAGUUAAACCGUUCGUGUAAAAUUAUUCGGUCAAAGUUGCAUUCUGUAUGUGCAAAAUGCGUAUGGGCAAUUUCUGUAGUAUUAAAAUACGUACCUAGAUAUAAUUAUUUUACCGGAAUUUUACCUAAAAAAAAAAUCCCUAGAUUAUUAAAAAUUUCCCUUUUUCCCAGAGGCAACCAAUUUUUCCCUAGAUUUCGGAAAAUUCCCUAGCAAUGGCAACCCUGUAGACGACUGACUUAUUGUUCGCGGGGCGGGGAAAUAACAGCGCAUAAUUAUAAAUAGAUUGACAGAUGAGCGCUGUUGCCACUAAACUAAUUAUGAAAUUAGGGGAAAAUAAUACUGUCCCGAACACAAGGCCUAAUUUAAUUCAAGUGUUAAGAGAAUGAAUGAAACAUAAGUAAUGGUACUGUAACUGGGAGAAAAACAACAAGAGUGUAUAAACUUGUUAGUUAGAUUAGACCAUUUACGUAAACACAAUGCAAAGAUUUUAAUCGGUCAUUGCUGUUUUUUAAUUAAAUUGACACAGUAGGAGUGAUGAAAACUCUACCAGGGAUAACGUUAUUCAAGUAGUUACGAUAAAGCGAUUUAAACAUAAAUCCGCCAUCCUAGAAAAAUUAAUGUAAACCGACUUACCUGCAGGUAUUUGUGUGCAUACACAGAGAAACGUGCUGUCCAGAUAGUUUAGGUAACAAAUCAAGUAUCGAUAAGAAAAGUAUUCUUUUCCACACCUCUUCAUACGAUAAUAGCAAGCAACUUAAGGUAAUGUGCCUAUCAAUUUUUGUAGUGUGAUGUCACGACUAUCCAGUUUUGAAUGCCGGAUUUUAAGUUCUUUGGAAAAUGAAGUGGUUUUAAUGGUCGUUUCUUACGGUAACAAAUUACAAACUAACUUAAAGGAUCUCGUGUACAAAUCCUAUGCCUAAUUUAAUACAAGUGUUCCAUCCUAGGAUAAUUAAUGUAAAAUGAUUUACAUACUUUUUGAUGAAAACGGAUUUGAUAAUAAAACUCCAACUGUCAUUUAUGGAUAAUCGCAAGCCUUCAUAUAGGGAGCCAGCAAAGUAAAUAUGAGUUAAACAGUCUUUACCAUCUAUCUUAGUGAAAAAAUCUAUGAGUUGAGCGAUUACUCCCUCUAGCUCUAAAGAAUCAGCAAUGAAAGUGGCAAUCAGGAUAAUUUAUGAACAUUAAUUGGUGUGGAAAGAUUUGCAUUUUUGUAACCGAAAUCUGGUUUUCUAGCAAAACUUCACAAUACCCCCGUAACCUCUAAACUAUUAACGAUUAUUCCUUUUAGCAUCUCUGUUGGAAUUAGGUCUAAAUUAUCAAUAAUGGAAGUUUCAGUUAGUGAAAAUAGGGUUUUAUAAUUUACAUGGGAAAGCAAAAACUCUAUUAAUUUGAAGUUCUGAAUAUUAGUAUCAAUUUUCUUCACACUCAUGAUAAGACAUUUGGAUGCUGUCUGAGGACUUUUGUGUAUUCAUUUUAUAAAUAUUUUCAGCUUCUUUGGAGCAUCCAGUAAAAGUGUUGUUAGAAACCUUUUGAAAAAGAUCCACCAAGCAAUAAAAUAGAUUCAUUUUGUUAAUACCGCCUUCUGAUCAUAUGUAUAUCCUUAAGCAUUACAUCAAUCAUAUCUCCAGAAUUCAUGCAUAAAAACCGCACUCACAUGAUACAGCAAUUUUGAAUCCUAAGGUCUGCCAACUUGCUGGAUUGAACUUUUUUUCUUUUGUACACAACAAAAAUUCUAAUUAUACUAAAAACAAAGAAAAACUCGAUGAAACAUUAAUCAUGGCUUUGAUCAGCUAAAAUUUCUUGUAAGAAUUUGUCUAUAAUUCUUAAAAUGAUUGUUGUUUCAUGAAUGCCGGCAUUUUAAGAUUGGGAUUAGAUAGCAUAGCGAACUACGACGUUGUCAGAUUGUAAAUUAUGCAAAUUUUUUAAGUUAAUUUGCUAAUGCAGCGUUUUGCCAUCCGUGGAGGUUCAAUUAGCUGUCUGCGCGUCAUAAAAAUUAUAAUAUCGGGAAAGGCGUGCAGACAGUACGGGACAAUUUUAUAGACAAUAUUACAAUAGUGAAUUAUUAGAGCAAUUCCUCUACAGGCUCCGAAUAACCAAUGACAAUUUAAUACUUGACAACAUCCGGUGCAUAUAGCAUACUGUACUGCGGCGUUGCCAAGUGUUUUCAGUUGGCCAUAUUGAUAAGUUUGUUGGGCAUGGGCAUUUGAAACUCACCUAAUAUAAGAAUCAUUUUUAUCAACGUAAUCAACAUUUGAUAACGCGGUGGUGCUACAUGCUGCCUAAAGUGCAUAGAAAUUUUUCAGUGGCUAUACUAGUAUUUGCGCUUGAUUUCCGAAAAAUGUUCUUCUUCUGCUUUGAAAUCUAUGCAAAAUCUGUUUAUCUUGAGUGUCCUUUUACAUAUUUUUAGUCAUUUUGGCUCCAUUGUAUACUCUGCGACAGCUGCGAGUAAACUAAACAGACUCUUCGACAGCAACAGCAGCAAAACUGUUCAUGGAAAAACUAUUAAAUCGCAAUACUAUAUUUCGAGACCAUUUAUAUGUAUUUGUGACCCCAUUCUUACUGAUAUACUACCUACAAUACGAAAAAUUCGAGUAAUGGUACAUUAACUUCGACAUACACUAUCGGACAAAAGUAGAGAAACUUUUUAAAUUUGCGUUUUAUUUGAAUACUUCAAAACUAAUGCAGUUCCACACAUAAUGAAAAUCAACAAUAAUUGUUAAGACUUAAUUUGUAUAAAGUAAAAUAAAUUGUAGAAGAAAAUCCUAUGAUUUAAUUUAAUUAAACAAAAUAUUUAUGAGACAAAAGUAGAGAAACUAAAUUUUAUUCCAAAAGUACAAGUUAUUUCUUAUUUCUAUCUUAAAAAAAUUAAUAGUAAGUAGAGUAUCCCUUAUUGGCAAUCACCUCGCGGCAUCGAUUUGGCAUGGAUUCCAACAGUUUCAUAAUGGUUUCCUCUCCAAUAGAAUUCCAGGAAUCUUGUAAAACUUUUAUAAGAUCAUUUUUAUUACUGAUCUGAUGUUGCCUUACACGCCGGUCUAGUUCCUCCCAGAGGUUUUCAAUCGGGUUAAGAUCGGGACUUUGCGCAGGAAAGUCCAUAACCCUAAUAUUUUCCGAUAAAAACCAAUCUUUGACAACCUUUGAUUUAUGUUUGGGGUCGUUAUCUUGUAGGAAUAUCCAAGUCAAAGGUAAAUUAUCCUCAGCAAAGGGUAGCAUUACAUUUUGUAGGAUGUCUAAAUACACAAAUCGAUCCAUGAUACCCUCAAUGAUGUGUAAUGGUCCUGUACCGAACCCAGAGAAGCAACCCCAUACCAUGCAGGAGCCACCACCAUGCUUUACCGUGGGCUGUGUAUAUCUUGGAUCGAAUCUUUUGCCUUGUGGUCGAUGUACCCAUGAGAUUCCAUCGGACCCAAACAAAUUGAACUUACUUUCUUCUUCUUGCUAAUAAACGGCUUUUUAGCGGCUCUUCUACUAAAUAAUCCUCCUUCCCUCAGUCGUCUUUGUAUGGUCUUAGAACUAACAUUAACACCAGGUAAUUCACUUAAAAUUUUAUUUGCUGAUUUGUGAGGAUCAGACUGGGCAAUUCUUUUUAUCAUCAUUUCCAUGUGUUUGGUUGUUUUUCUUGGGCGGCCACUUUUUUUAAUGCUUUUUGUUGAAUUUCGUGUUUUAAAAUUAGAAAUUGUCUUGCUAACAACGGACUUAUGCAAAUUAAGCGUUUUACUAAUGUCCACUUGUCGUAUACCACUCUUGUGUGCAUCAACUAUUUUUCUACGAAGGUCUUCAGACAAAUAUCUUCCGCGAGGCAUGUUGAUUAAAAAAACUAUGCAAAACUAUCAACAGAACUCACGUAAAGCGAACUAAAUACUAAAUUUGGACGAUUGAUAUUUAGGUUUCUCUACUUAUGUCCAUCCGAAAAUAUUUGAAUUCUUUUAUUGUAAAUAAACAACUGAUAAGAGGCAUGUAAAAUGCGGUAAAAAAACGCAGUUGUUGAGAACUACAAUAUUUGUAGUAAAUAUUUAAUUUAAAUACAUGGUUUCCGUAAAUCAAAGAAUUUUUAGAAGUUUCUCUACUUUUGUCCGAUAGUGUAGGUAGAUCGAGCAGUUUAUUUCUGCAAGCGAUUGCAUUUUAGAACGCAGAAUUCGAAAGGAAUUAGGGGUCUUGAAAAUUUCACCGUAUAUUCUGAGAACCAUAAACUGUCCUAGUAGUCAGCCAGGUUUCUUUGAAGCAGAAGUUAAAAACUGAGACUCGCCAAUUGUAUUGGGGAAUGUCACUAUCUUGAAAGUUAAUGCAAGCCUUCUAGUCAAUCUAUCAUAAUUAGGUUCAGUUAGGACUAAAGAUGCAAACACAUUUGUCUGCAUACAUAGAAGUGUAUGCUCUCCAAAUAGUUUAGAUAAUAAAUCAAUGUCUAGGUAUUGUUUUCCACACUUCUUCAUAAGUUAAAAAUAAGCAAUUUGAGAUAAUGUGGCGCUUAAUCUACUGGUGUCAUGGUAAAGUGUUGCCUACCCAGUUUUGAAUUCUAGAUUUGAAGUAAUCACUCGUGAUCGUUUAUUACAAAGGAACGAUAAUACUCCACUUUGCAACAGCAAGUUUAAGCAGUAACCUUCGAAAAAAGAAGUGGUUUUAAGCAUGGUUUCUUGUGAUAAAGAAUUACAAACUAACCGAAAGGAGCUUAUGUACAUAUAUUAUGCCUGAUUAAAAACAAGUGAGCCAUCUUAGGAUAAUUCAUGUAAAAAUAUGAAUGCAUAAUUGAACUAUCAAGUGAGCGAUUAUUCUCUCUAGUCCCUCCGUUGAAAGUGCCUCUAGAGUUGAAGGGUCUUUACCAUCUACCUUAGAAAAAUCAUCUAUGAAUUCAAUGAUUCCCGUUGAAAUAGCGUAUCAGCGUAAUAGAGUAUCAGCAAUGGAAGUGGCAGUCAGCUUUAAUAGAAAUAAGAUUUGAUAAAUCAUAUGGAAAGGGCAAAAGUUCGAAUGAAUUUGUUUAAAAUUUUUAGUAACCAUCUUCAUUAUAUUUAUGACAUCAUCUAUAUAAAAAUGAAAAGACAUUUCCAUUCUUGCAUUAGUGAUUGCCACUUCACCUUACUUGAUUUUUUAUUAAUUCCUAUCACAGCUAAGAAUAAUUUCUUUAAGUCAGAUGUAAAAAACUGAGACUCUCGGAAUCGUUGAAUGUCAACACUAGAAGAAUUCAUGUACAAAUCCAAUCGCUAAUCUAAUACAUGAGAAUGAAUAAAACAUAAGUCAUGCUGUUGUAACGAAACUAGAACAUAAACAACAGAAGUUGAUAAACGGUAUAUAAAUGUCACAUUAUCUACAUAAAUCAAUGCAAAGAUUUUAUCAGUCAUUGCUGUUUUUGAGUAAAUUGGCAAAUCAGGAGAGAUGGGAUGUCUACCAGACAAAAUUAUAUUCAAUCAGUCACUAUAAAACGAUUCAAUUCAUUCUUAAAUCAGCCAUCUUAGAAAAACCAUAUAAACCAAUUUGUAUGCUGGUAUCUGAGAAUUGCUUUGCAAGCAGAACUAUAUCACACAUGAUGACAAAGUAAUUAGUUCUUUAAUUGACAGGACUUACAUAUUGUACACAGGAGAAGUCUUUUCUUCACAUAAAAAUGCUCAUCCUCUAAUUUCAGGAGUGAUGCAUUUCGGCAAGUAUUCUGGCCAUCAUCAGACUCUAAAAUACAUUACAAACAGUUCAAAAACAUUUACGAACAUUUUUUCUGACAGGUGACAUAAAAAAAUACGGACAAAAUCGUAAAACGCACAUUCAAAUUCUAAACAAUAACAAAUAAUACUUGAAUGGUUCAUUGCACGAUAUCUAGUGAACAGUUAAAAAUACAAAUCUGCUAAUCCCAUAUUGUUCAAUUUUGUUGUAAUUUUAACUGUUCACUAGAUGUUGUGCUUGUAUUGUUCAAGUAUUGUUUGUUAUUGUUUAGAAUUUGUUUGUGUAUUAAGUAACUUAACAAUUUUGUCUGUAUUUUUUGAUGUCACCUGUCAGAAAAAAUGUUCGUAAAUGUUUUUGAACUGUUUGUAAUGUAUUUUAGAGUCUGAUGAUGGCAAGCAACACUUGCCGAAAUGCAUCACUCGUUAAAUUAGAGGAUUAGCAUUUUAUUUGUGGAGAAAAGACUUCCUCUACUAACUUUUCAAUAAAAAAUUACUUGUUAAACCUGGAAAGCUUAUCAAAAA